UUUCCAUUGUCAAACUUGGGCCACUCAUACAUAGAAAGACUCACACCCCAUGAUCUAGGGUCUUCUUCUUUUCGAAACCCGCAGCACCUGCUACGAUGCUGGCCUCGUUUUCGUCACCACAACGGCAGCCCCUCCGAGUGUUGAUAGACUCCUCACUUCAUCUGGCUCAUUAUUCGACCUCCCCUGAUUCUCCUUCUCCUUUAUCCGAAUACAGUUUAACGACAUCGGGUCUGACGCCAAGUACAGGCGACCCCGAGUGGUUCAUCUGCAACGUGAUAUGUAUGUUUGACUUCGAGUCAGACGAUCCAGAUCAUCUCUCGUUCACCCGCAAUGAAAUUCUCGCCGUUGUGAAGAUGGAGGAAUCGGGAUGGUGGGCUGCUAUGCGUCCUGAGGGGGACCGUCUCGGGUGGAUUCCAAGCUCUUUCGUAGAGCGUCUCACAGAAACAGCCGUAGAAGAGCCAUAUCAGGAAGAUGUCCACCCCUGGAUCCAUAACCCUGAAGAAUGCAAUGCGAGAAAUUCCGAAUCAGUCUCUGAUUCGGAAUGCAUACAACUCGGGGACAUAUUGAGUUCUGUGUCAGAUGUGACAAAGUCUUUGUUGCUACCCAGUAACCAGUUGCGUCAUGAGGAUUUAGGAAGGAGCAACCAAAUCUAUGACUCUUUCUUCAGCUUGCCCGAUUAUGAACCGCCACCACACGAUUUAACCCGUUCCUCCUCUUCUCCUGUGCGCAGCAUGCUCCAGCCCUCGGUCACUCCACCCAGUCCAGUGCUCGAAGUUUCUCCCAAACCACCCGGAAAACUCGACGACCUACAAUUGUCAUGCUUCAGCAUCGAUUCAGGGCGCUCUCUUCCAUUAUCGCCUUAUCCCCGCCGCCCCCGCCGUUUAGCGGUGCUCGUCAAUGACCACGAAUCAUUGUCAUGCCUUUCCGCUAUGAUCGACGGGGAACAUUCGCCUGAUUUCCAUUCUUUUGACAGUCCACAUGUGAAAGAGACGUUUGACGUAUUCAACAGGAGGUGCACGGGAAGUUGAAUAUCUAUGAUACCCAGAUGCUUACCUUCCCUAUCACUGUUGUAUUCAGGGCCAGGUCCUUGAGUUGCUUGUAUUUUUCGUCUAGACCAUACGUGUAGCAUAUCAUAUUUUCCGCAUAGAGCAUUCAUCGAGACUGGCUUAUACAGAAUCAUCAUACCAAGCUGAUCAUGUCCCCGACUUCUGGCUUGAUGUCGGCGGCGAUGAAUAUGUAUCCUGGGAGGUUCAGCAUUGAAGUAGGUUAUGAUU